GAAACCAGUUCUGCGGGCAGUCGGGGUAUACUGCAGGAAGCUCAGCUCUGUCCAUGCGCAACCUGGAGAAGAGAUGGGUAAUCCACAAGAGGACCAGAUGACAGUCACUGCCCCCAGUGAAAUCCUGCUCCACGUCAAGGGUCAACUUACACGUAUGAACAACACCGAACCAGGAGACAGUGACAGUGUAAAUGUUCGAGCGGUUAUCAUUGCUGUGUGCUUGCUGAUCCUGGCUGGAAUCUUGUUGACCAUGAUCUUAGUCCAGUACUACAGACACGGGCGCUGCUUUCAAAAACCCAAACUGUUCUUCAGCCAAAAUGUUCUCAGAGACUUGAAAUCUAUCCAGUUGGAGUUUGAUCCACCAUUUUCCAUCAGUGGGAUGAUGAAGACUGGAGGAAAUCUAAGCUCAAACCAGGAGUUCCAGUAUCAGAACAUGAGGACUCGAGAUGAGGAUUUGUACCCUGUUGUUGAUGAACAACAUUAAAGAGGCUGUGAAAGAGAUAAGUCCCUCAUCAUCGUCAGGGACUUUUGUGACGAAACCAAGUAAAAGCUUGCACUUAUUGCUUUUUCUUUGGUGCUGGGCUAUGGUAUUGGGGAAGUAAACUUACUGAUUGUUCUCAGGGAAAUCUGAGCUUUUGUUACUUGAGAUUUGUUUAGCAGUAGACUGGGUGCAGAUACAUCUGGUCCAAACCAAAUGUGCACUAACCCAAUAAUAAGAUCAUCGUGAGAGACAAGUGGAAAUGACUCAGCUAACUACAGAAGAACUCUUUUGUAUUCCAUUUGAAUUUAUUUAGUGCCUUGUGCAACCUCUCGAUGUCACAGAGCAUGUUACAGCCAAAGAUGUGGCUUUUUUCAAAGGGUACUCACUGUUGAAAUGUAAAAAAAAAAACCCUGCAGUCAAUUCACACACAGGAAAAUCCCAGAAAAAUUGAUGAGUUAAUAGUCAGAUUUUUUGAUUUCAUGACAUUUGUUGACUCAUGACCUUAAGACAUCCCAAAGUGUUUCAUUGCAGUCAAUGACAUACGGAUUGAGCUGUGGUCACUAUUGCAGGAAACAUGCAGCAACUGACACACAGCACAAACAGCCAGAAAUAUUGACCAAGUAUUCCAAUUUUGAAAAUCACUUUGAUUGAGAUAUAAAUAUUGAUAAAGACACCAUGGAGAAUUCACCUGCUCUUCUCUGAAAUAAUAAGCCCAGAAGUCUUUUAAAGAGUGCAACUUAAGAAGUGCUUGAUGGAGACAAUGUAGAUGAAGCUUAACUCUGUAUCUAAUCCUGUGCUGACUCUGUCCUGGGAGUGUUUGAUGGGGACAAUGUAGAGGGAGCUUUACUCUGAUUCUAACCCCUUGCUGUCCUGGUCUUGGGAGUGUUUAAUGAUAAUAGUUAGAAGGAGUUUUACUCUGUAUUUAACCAUGUACUGUCCCUUUCCUGGGGAUUUUUGAUGGGAAGAGUGUAGAGAGCGCUUCUCUCUGUAUCUAGCCCCAUGCUGUCCCUGUUCUGGGAGUGUUUGAUGCUCUUAAUGGUUGUUUGAGUGGUAAAGUAGUCCUCUCCAGACAUUGAUGGCCUUACCUUUUGCAGUUGAACAAAAGAACCCAUUACAUUUUAAGAAGUUCUGUAAUACUAUUGCUUUUUUCUUUAGUUAUUGCAAUGCUGUGAAGAGUCCAAGACUCAUUUCUUGUAUUGAUCAGUUUUCAUGUACAUUAUAAAAUUAAAAUGCAAACUCACUUGAA